AUGGGCAACCUUUUCGGUAGCGAGCCAAUGGGCAACCUUUUCGAUAGCGAGCCAAUGGGCAACCUUUUCGAUAGCGAGCCAAUGGGCAACCUUUUCGAUAGCGAGCCAAUGGGCAGCCUUUUCGGUAGCGAGCCAAUGGGCAACUUUUACGAUAGCAAGCCAAUGGGCAAUCUUUUCGAUAGCGAGCCAAUGGGCAACCUUUUCGAUAGCGAGCCAAUGGGCAACCUUUUCGAUAGCGAGCCAAUGGGCAACUUUUUCGAUAGCGAGCCAAUGGGCAGCCUUUUCGAUAGCGAGCCAAUGGGCAGCCUUCUCGAUAGCGAGCCAAUGGGCACUUUUCGAUAG